GAAUUGGUUCUCUUGGGAAGUAUAAGACUUGGACAAGGAUGUUAAAAGAAGUAGUUAUUAAAAUGAGUUUCUAAACAUUUCAUAACACAUUAAAAAAAUAUAACAGCAUUUUAACCCAUUCAGUAAAUUACAUGUUAAACUGCUCCACCAGAGAAACUAAAGUGUUGACUUAUCAUGAACAAUAACUUCCAUGACUUAGUGACGGCUCUGCUGAGUCUCAGUUCCUGUUGUGCGGUGUGACAGUGACAGACAGAAGUGGCCAGGAUCUACAAAAGUGCCCGGUCCAGACAGCCCAAGAACCUGUAAACAAGGACCAGGUUCGGGAACUUCGGUGUGAAAGCGCCUAAUAAGAGUCGGUCUAUACAUGGGAACUAUAAUCAUCUAAGCGAUGGCUGACCAUUCCAAUGAGGAGACCCAGACCUCGCUCCCCGACCUCUUGGAGUACCUGGAGAUGCUCAGUGAUGAAGAGUUAAAGAAGUUUAAAUGGAAACUGAGUCGCACAAAGUAUAAAGAGUUAAAGCCCCUUCCCAGGGGUCAGGUGAAGGACUUGGAUAGAACAGACCUCGCCGACAUGAUGAUAAGUUCCUACAGUGAACGUGAUGCUCUCAAUGUCAUGCUUGAAAUCCUGACGAAUAUGAACCUGAAUGAUCUUGCUCAGAGACUGAAUGAAGACCUGCAGGAGGACACUAUCAGUUCAGAAAGACCAAAGCCCUCCGGUGCCCAGGGAGGAAAAGGAGGGAGAGGAGAGGAGGAAGAACGGAAAAAAGACAGAGAGGAACUCAUGCACAGAAUCAAAUGUACCCUGAAGCAGAACUGUGAGUGUGUAUUUGAAGGGAAAGCUAAGGAAGGACAGCCAACACUUCUCAGUGAGAUUUACACAGAACUCUAUAUAACUGAAGGUGGGACUGGAGGAGUCAAUGAUGAACAUGAAGUGAGACAGAUUGAAACAGCAUCCAAGAAAAGGCGAACAGAAGAUACUACAGUCAAGUGCAAUGAUAUAUUUAAACCCUUAUAUGGGCGUAAGACACCUAUCAGAACUGUACUCACUAAAGGGGUGGCAGGUAUCGGGAAAACAGUCUCUGUGCAGAAAUUUAUUCUCGACUGGGCAGAAGGAAAAACAAACCAGGACAUUCACUUCAUAUUUGCUCUUCCUUUCCGGGACCUGAAUUUGAUUAAGGAUGAAUACAGUCUGAUUGAUCUGCUUCACCGCUUUGUCCCAGAACUGAAAUCACUUGAAUACACUGAGCUGUUUAGGUACAAAGUCUUGUUCAUCUUUGAUGGUCUGGAUGAGUGUCGCCUUCCUCUAGAUUUUGAGAAGAAUGAGAGCUGGUCUGAUGUAACAAUGAAAAUGUCAUUGGAUGUGCUGUUGACUAACCUCAUUAAAGGGAAUCUGCUCCCAUUCACUCUCCUCUGGAUAACCUCCCGGCCAGCAGCAACCAAUCAGAUACCUCCUAAGUGUGUCCACCGGGUGACAGAGAUACAAGGGUUUAAUGAUGCCCAAAAGGAGGAGUAUUUCCGGAGGAGAUUUAGUGAUGAGAACCUGACCAGCAGGAUUAUCACACAUGUGAAAUUAUCAAGGAGCCUCUUCAUCAUGUGCCACAUACCUGUGUUCUGCUGGAUUUCAGCAACUGUCCUUGAGAAGCUUUUUAGUGAGAAUGACAGGGAGGAAAUUCCAAGGACUCUGACUGAAAUGUACACACAUUUCCUGAUCUUUCAGACAAGUUUAAAAAAAGACAAGUAUAUGAAAAACUAUGAAAUCAAGCUUAAUUUAUACAGCAAGGAAUUCCUUUUAAAACUUGGUAAACUGGCUUUUGACAACCUUGAGAAAGGCAAUCUCAUAUUUUAUAAACAAGAUCUGACAGAGAAUGACAUUGAUGUCACUGAAGCUUCAGUUUACUCUGGAGUGUGCACAGAAGUCUUUAAAGAGGAAUAUGGAUUGUAUCAGGAUAAGGUGUACUGUUUUGUACAUCUGAGCAUCCAGGAAUAUCUCGCUGCUUUGUAUGUGUUUCUGUCAAACUCAUCAGCUGACUUGAUGAAGACUGCAGUGGAUCAGGCAUUAAAGAGCAAGAAUGGACACUUGGACCUCUACCUCCGCUUCCUCCUGGGCCUCUCAACAGACUCCAGUAAGACUCUGAUACAAAGGCUACUGGGACAGACAAGAACCAGCUCACAUAACAUUGGGGAAACAGCCCAAUACAUCAAGGGGAAAAUACAAGAGAAUAUAUCUACAGAAAGGACCAUCAACCUGUUCCACUGUCUGGUUGAACUGGGUGACAAUUUUCUAGUAAAUGAUGUAGAAAGAUACCUGAAUUCAGGAAACCUUUCAGCAGAACGCCUCUCACCUGCACAGUUCUCAUAUCUGGCCUUUGUGAUGCUGAUGUCAGAUGAGGAGCUGGAUGUAUUUGAUCUGAAGAAAUACAUCAGACCAGAUAAAGAGCACUGGAGGCUGCUGCCUGUGGUCAAGAAUUCCAGGACGGCUCUGUAAGUGACGGGGGGAUGGGAAAUCAUGUCUGGUCUGGCAGUAAUACAUUAAUAUUGUAUUAAAUAUAUCUAAUUUAUUUCUCCUCUUGGAUUAAUAACUGGGGUGAUUGUUUG